AUGACCAAGGCUCCCGCUCUCGGCGUGGCCAUCGGCGACAGCGCCGAUGCGCACCUGCCCUCGCCGUUCCGCAGCGACGUCUCGCUCGCCGAGUACAUGUACUACGCACGCCUGCAGCGCGAGGAGGAGCAGCUGCGCGCCUCGGGCCAGAGCAUCCGCAGCGCGACGCCCGAGAGCACGAGCAAGGACGACGCCGAGAAGGGCCCCACCACGCUCGACCACGACUACCCGGCCGCCGCGGCCGACGACGGCCUCGCGUCGCCGCAGUUCGACGGCCUCAGCGCCGCGCAGCGCCGCGUCACCCAUGAGCUGCUCAAGCUGCGCAACACCGAGUGGAAGGGCGUCCUCUUCCUCAUCUGCUGCGACAUCCUCGGCCCCUUCAACGCGCCGUAUGCCAUCGCGCAGAUGGGCUUGGUGCCCGGCGUGAUCCUCUACAUCGUCAUGGGCAUGACGGCCUUCUGGGGCGCCAUGCUGCUCCUCAUGCUCUUCCUCAAGCUCGACUCGGCGCGCUACCCGCUGCGCACGUACGGCGACCUGGCCACGCGCCUGCUCGGCCCGUGGAUGGGCGGCAUCGCCAUUGCGCUGCAAGCCAUUCAGCUGGUCAUCAACGUCGGUAUCAUCUGCCUGAGCAAUGGCCAGGCGCUCUCGCAGAUCGUCACCGGCUCCGGACGCACCAUGUGCUUCUCGCUCGCCGUGUCCGUCACCAUGUUCCUCGGCAUGAUCACCGGACAGAUCCGCACGCUGCGCAACGUCGGACACUUUGCCACGGCGUCGGUCGGCCUCAACAUCGUCAUCUGCCUCAUGUGCAUGAUCGGCGCCGCCAAGUACGGGCCCAACAUCGCCGCGGCGCAGGCGGCGUUCGGCGAGGACUACCCCUGGAGCAACGGCACGCCGGUGAUCAUUGAGGCAUUCGUCAGCACUCCGCUGCAGGCGACGCUCGUCGGCCUGGGCAACGCCGUAUUUGCGUUCGGCGGCGCCUCGAUCUUCCUCGAAAUCCUCUCCGAGAUGAAGAACCCGCGCGAUUUUUGGAAGAGCGCCCUCAUCGGACAGUCCCUCAUCCUCGUCGUGUACCUGGUGAUGGCGACGACGGUGUAUAGCAAACAGGGGCAAUUCUCGAUGCCGGCCGCCUAUCUCGGCCUCAACUCGUACGGACUGCAGACUGCUGCCAACGCGAUGUCAAUUGUGACGCUGUCGAUCGCCGCGCUGCUCUACGGCAACAUUGGCCUCAAGGUGCUCUACAAGCUCGUCGUCGAGGGCGCGCUGAAGGGCCCGACGCUCAGCACGCGCCGCGGACGCAUGCUCUGGUCGCCGCUCAUCAUCGUGUACUGGGGCCUGGCCUUCGUGAUCGGCUCCAGCAUCCCGCAGCUCGGAGGCCUGACCGCCGUGCUCGGCUUCGUCUGCAUCGGCGCCUUCUCGUUUGCCUUCCCCUUCCAGUUCACCCUGACGUACUUCCUCAAGCGCGACGCGCAGCUGCCCGAGGAGGCCUUCGAGCCCGGCCGCGAGAGCGUCACCGUCGACUCGUGGGUCAGUGCCUCGCGCUGGCGCCGCGCCAUCACGACGGGCGACGUGGACCUGACGCUCGGCCUGCGCGCCAAGCCGUUCCUCGUGCACGGCACGUGGGUCAAGGUGCUGCUGCUCGUCUGCUGUCUCGCCAGCUACGCCCUCGCCGGCCUCGGCCUCUACGGCACCGUGCUGGCCCUCGCCGAUGCCUUCAGCGGCGGAGGCGCGGCAACCAGCUUCGGCUGCGCGGCGCCCUCGUAG